AUGCACGCGCCUCCCGUUUCUAUCCCUGCGCGGCGAGAUCCGCUGCGCCUGUCGGCGAGCGGCGGAGUCGACGGCGGUGCACCCUCACGCAACCCCUCGAUCUCCCUCUCAGCGUGUUCCAAGAAGAGUUCAUCAGGGGAAGAGAAAAGCGGCAACGAGGAAGUGUUGUGUGAGGCCGCGAGUUGCCCUGAGGCCUCCGCCUCAAGAGGCAGCCUGCUACGUCUCUUUGAGGGAGCCCGCCGCGACUGCCAUCGUGUGCUUCAGCGGCUGUGCCUUUGCCAGGAAGACGUAGAUAAAGCGAGUGACGCAUCGGCGGGGCUCCUGGCUCCCGUACCCCGGAUGUCUGCCUCCGCAGCAGACGAGACAAAGAACUCGGCCCCGCGCGCCGAGCAGUGGGAACAGCAGCGGCUUCUCACGUCAGCUCUGCAGAAGCAGAUUGACGAACUGAGGGCGUACGCCGACGCUCUGUCGCGGCUCUCAGAGAGCCUGCGCGAGGCCGCUGCGACUGCGCCUCAAGGGUUGUCUUUUGGCUCGCUUGACGAAGCUGACCCGACAGAAGCUGCUCACAUUCUGGCCGUAGCGGCAGCACUCACAGCCACGUCUUCUGGCGAGGCCUCGGCGCUUCAGAAAGCGACUCCCGACUUCGCGAGGCUGCUCGAGGCUUUAACUGAUUCCGGCGGUGAGCCCUCUGACGCACACGCCUUUGCCGCUUUAAAGGCUCGCAGCGACGCGACAGCCGCGUCGAUGGCAACGAGUUUUCGGACCUUGAAGCGACGUCUGGAGGAGACUCAGAUGCAGGCGCAAAGGCGCGCGGAUUUCGUUAUUCGCUGGGCAGAGUUGUUCAUCGAUGGCGCCUGCGAGGUGGAGAGGCACCUGAGCGAAGCCGCGCCGCUUGUGGCCGCCGGCAGCGCCUGGGAGAAGCAGAUCGACGCGGCGCUGAAGGCGCAGCAAGAGCAGAAACGCGAACUGGAAGCGCGGCUCAACAACGCGCGUCGAGAGGCAGACCAGGUAGCCAGUCGCUUGAGUGAAAAGCGGCAGCAGUUUCUUAUGGCCAUCGAGGACUGGACGACGGAGCGGCUCGAUCAACUGACAAAGAACGAACGCAUGCAGCGUCUGAACACGAGAAUCGACGCCUUGGAGCGCCAGUUGCGAGGCUUGGCGGCGUUCUCGCCUCUCUUCAUCGUGGAGAGGACUCCGAAAUACGUCACGCUUCAGUACAAACCACUGGAUAGCGCGACAGACUACGAGAUUUCGAUUGAGGGUCUGGAGCUCUCUUUGGAUGCGCAAGCGCCGCGCGCCUACAAGAUUUCCUCCUUCUUCAGCGUCCGCGUGACGCCGCGGCUUACUUGGCUGGAGGAGCGACUCGAGAGGAGCAUUCGCGACUACUUCGCGACCGCGUGCAGCCUGCAGCGCAGCGCCUCCGCUGCUGAAGGGGAAGACGACGAGGCAAGAGCUGUCGCUGCGGCGGAUCCGCUGAAGGCGCGUCCGGGGCUCGAUCGCGCCGCGAGCGGAGGCUCCCAACCCCUGCAGACCCUCUACGAUGUGUCUCCCUACGGUGUGUUCCCCCGCGCGAGAGGUGGCGGCCUCGCAGACGAAAGCGGCGAUCACGACGCGUCGCGGAAGAAGGGGUGCAACGACGCAGCAGGAGUGCAGACAGACGCGUCAAGCCCGGGCGAGAGCGAGUGGAAGAAGACACCUCGCGACGCCUCCGACCGAAAGACCCGCCAAGUGAAAAUCUUCUCUGAGCACAUUGCUGCGAUCGUUCUGAAGACUCUAACGACGGCGUUUGCUGCGGGGGGCGAAGGGCGGCCCGCGAGGCGAAGCAGACACCACCCUUACAACUUCGCGCAAAAGGCGUGCCCAGCGCCGAGAUAA